AUGAAAGAUAGGCUUUUUUGGAGAUUUGAGAGAGAGAGAAAAAAAAAGAGUGCGUAGAUAUACUCAGAGCGCGUAGAGGAGGAGGAAGAAGGAGAAGGAGAAGGAGAAGAUGGGAGAAGAGAAGCCUAUUAGGUUACUUAAUUUCGUCUCCGAAGAACAGUUAGAGGAAUCGAAGAAAGAAAGAGGGGAAAGAGUUGAAGAUGGAACCUUCCAGAGAGACAGGGCUCUGUACGAGAUUUUGAAAGAGAACAAAGACAAGAAGGACGCUGAGUUUAACGAACGUUUCAAGCAUAGACCACCAAAAGCUCUUGAUGAGGAAGAGACUGAGUUUCUUGAUAAGCUCGAGAUGUCAAGGAAGCAGUAUGAACGUAAAUUAGCAGACGAAGAGGAAGAACAGCUUCGUAGUUUCCAGGCAGCAGUUGCAGCACGAUCAGCAAUCUCUCAAGAAGCUGCACUUCCACCACCACCACCGCCAACAACCAGCAAAGAACCAAAGACAACGGGGAAGAGAAACGCCUCGACUCGUCCACCUUUUAACGCCAUCAUAAAAAUCAAGUCACAACCGAAGAAGGUCAAAGCGAGUACAGAGGAUGAGAAGAAAGAUAUCUCAGCGAAUGCAAAACCGGAGACUUCUUUAGAUUCUGCAAAGCCCAAUGUCACUCCCGUAGCUUUUCAAACAGGUUUAGCAUUAGUCUCUUAUAGUGAUGAAAGUGAGGAUGAUGAUUAACUUCUUUUUUUUGUUUAUUUCAUAAGACAACAUCUUUGCUAUUAAUUUUUUAGUUCAAUGCUUUCCUUU